CACAUAACAAACUUAACACGUUUGUCAACAACGUUGCGGCCUUAACUGCAAAAUAUAUUCAGCAAUAGGCAAUGCAUUUCAUUCAUGGAGCAACAUUGGACGAAAUUGCUUAUUUUUUCUAAUUCGUGCUUUGGUUAAAGCUUGAACAACUUGUGAUUGGUUGAUGGUUCGCAGUUGUUGGCUCGUGGUUGUUGUUAUUUGACCGUUAACUCGUAAAUUCGCAUGGAUGUCUCAACCCAUACGGUGGCAUGGACUGCGUAGAAACAACAGUAGCAUCAUUACCUGCGCAAGUCUCAGCAGCCGUGGGUUCAAUGCUGGACGACCUCUUACGACAGCGCGGGGCUCUGCCACUCACGACCCGGCGUCAAGGUCAACAUCGGGAGAGGAUGGAAGGGGUGAUAUCUUCAUUCCGAUUUACCGCUUCCCGGCCAUCAGAGCGACGCGCUUCAUAUCGCGACUCAAGAACGUGCAGACGAUAUUCAUGGUGGUUGCAUUGCCACCCAUCUAUUACCUGCACACGCAGGGCCUGGUGGACGAGCACUCAUUGCGGCUAACGUCGGGCGUUGCCGCCCUCGCCUGCUGCUCCCUCUACGGCAUCAGCCACUACCUGCGACGCUGGGUGGGGCUGAUGGCGCUGAGCGCCGACGGCAGCACGCUCCGUGUGUCGCACCUCUCCUUCUGGGGCGGGCGCCGAGACCGCUUCGUGCCCGUGGCGGACGUGGUGCCGCUCUCCGAGGGCCGUGACCGACCCCAGGACCCGCUGCUAGCGCUGCGCUGCUACUCGCACCGCGACGUGCUGUACUUCUCGCUGCGCUACGGCCGCGUGCUCGACGGCGUGAAAUUCCGCGCCGUCUUCGGCGAUACGUUCGUCUCACCGGAUCGGUGAUGGUGAAAAUAAAAAACACACCAUGCUGCCGUAAGAAUGUGGAGUUGAAACCACUGGCACAGAACUAAUAUUGGCGAGCGGGAUAAGAGGCUCGUUUGAGCAGGAAGACAUGCUCUUACAUCCCCUUCCUACAAACGUCCCAGCCGUCCCAGCCGUCCGUGCUGUUGACUCCCUGCGUCUAUCCAAGUCCAGGCUCGAGACCUUCAUUUUCCGACCGACUGCCUCUCCCUACAAAUAUAAACACUUCUCCUGUCACCGUACAUCUUCUUGAGAUGCAGUAACAUCUAAGCGCUAUAUUAUUCCACGUUGUAUCCCUUAUGGGGCCGAUUAACCUCCAAUAAAACUUUAACUGGCGACCUCCGACUGCCGAGUCGAGUGCCCUGAGCAUACUGCCACCUCGCUGGGCGUUGUGCCGUCAUUGCGCAAAACUGUUGUUUUUAAAACAACACUUUUAAUCUUUAAACGAACUGUGUUUAAACGGUGUGUGUUAAGGAGCCCAGUACCCGUGGAACCUGUGAAGCGCAAUGUUUCAUUGUCAACAAGGGUCAUAAUCUGAUGAAAAUCUGCUCGAUAAUCAACUCUUUUGAGUUCUAUUCUUGGCCACAGCUGACAUCAGUGGUGAGUGAUAACCAAACUGGUCCUGGGCACUCCCCCGACUCUCACCGACCAGCGUGGUGAAGUAUGUUUAAACCCCCAUAUAACCGGCAUGGCAUUCGUCCAGCGGUGUAUUAACAAGGGCUGUA